AUCUUCCUUGUCUACAACUGCAAAGUGGAAGAGGCAUCAACCCAUCUAUGUUUAUUCAAAGGAAGGCCUGCCUUACAUCUCCCUGCCAUGAGAGGGUUGCGCUACAAUGAGCUGAACACUGUCACUAGAGGUAUAACAGUUCCUGGAACAGGAGAAGAUAUUCAUACAGUGAAAAGGGCCUUCCUCCGACGAUUUGCAGGUGGCUCACUGGGGAGGUCUUCUCAUGCCUCUCAUCCAGUCUGUGAUUUCACUUCUGUAGCCCAACAUCCAAUCCAAAGAACUCUGCAACAGUAUCUUGGAAAUGGGGAAUACCCCUUGUUUCAGUCUAUUGCAAUGUUUGAGAGCAGUUUUAUCCAGGUCACACGGAAGGGCAAGCAAGUAUUCAUCCACAACAACUGUAACCAGGCCAUUGUGGGUAUUGCCACCACCAACCCCAAACUGCCCUUGCCCAAUAUAAUGUUCAUUGCUCGUCCAGGUGUUGGCCGGGUCUCUUCAGGACAACACAGAGAAGAGUUGAUGCUCACGAGGCUCAUCCCUUUGAAGUUUGUGCGGAUCUCCAUCCAUGACUCUGAGAAGCAACUCAUCAAGAUCAAGCUGAUCAACAGACGUUCUUAUUACCUUCAGCUGUAUUCCUCCACUGAGGAUGUAAAGGCCUUGUUUGACUGCUGGCUGUCACUCAUCCGCCUCCUCCAUCAUCCGCCACGCAGCUAUUUGCGGCCCUACACCAAAUCUCACACAACAAGAGAGACCCUUAGUGUUCAAGUUGUCCCAAGUGAAAUAGCCAUAGAAACAGAACUAGAUCAUGAUGACUUUUCAGAUACAGAGGAUGAAGACUGGGAAGACGAGAUGGAGUCUUUAGAGAGGAAGGCAACCAAAUCAAAGCUUCAGAGCCAGGAAACCAUCGUGGGAGAAAAUUACACAAAAUCAGAGGAUUAUAUAAUUCGCAUGAGAUCUAGGCUGCUGACCAGUAGUCGGCGGAGCCUGUACUCUGAUCUGGAGAGCUUUGAAAGCUACAAUACAAGUCAACCUGCAAUAUCCAUGAAAGACAGCACAUUUUCUAAUAUAUUUUCAGACGACUCAGACUUAACUCUUAGCAGAGGUUCCCUGCCACCAAGACAGCUUCCAGACAAAGGAAGCAGCAGCGUUAAUAUCGUCACCAUCUUUUCCAUUGUCUCUGAUCACGCCGAUAUAGGAGGAGGAGGCAAAAGCUGA